CCAACAUCGGGUAUUUCCGUCCGUCGUUCUCCUCCGCACACCUCAGGCUCAAGCCGCAGACGUCGCCGUCCUAUCUAUCUUACAUUCGCUUUCACGCAAUCCUAACCCGUCCACGUGUACAAAAUUCCUACACUACUAUCACCAUCACCAUCACUUUCACUUCCUCACUAGUCCCUAGUGACUGGUCCAACGUUCAUCCACGGUUCCACACGUCAACAAAUCCGAACAGCCUUACCCCCACGCUCCAAAUUGCCGUUCAAAACCCACGCUAUUCUCUUCUUUACCAGUAAAUAGGCGCGUGGAUUAGAAGCGAGUCACCUUGUUUUUUUUCCUGUAUUUUACUGUUUUGUUGUUCUCAAUUUUCGCACUCUUUCAUAUACAUCCCCUAGUUCGAAAAUCUCAGAUUCUAGCAGCCACAACAGCCGUUUCCAUAUCUUCCCUGAUCGAGUUCUGAGUGGUGGAGAAUGUUGGAGCCUGUGACGUUUGAGCAAGACGAGGAGCGCUCGCUCUUGUCUCAGCCCAACAUUGUUGACGGGUCUUGGCGGUUGAACUUCGACGGGUUACAGUUAUGCCCAGAGCAGAAGGAGAAAAAGCCUCCUCGUGGACUCCACGACUGCCUUGGGGUUUUAGACAUCAUGUGAAUCCCUCUCGAUUGUUUUGCUUGGUGGCUUCAGGUCCCGAAGACAGUGUGGCUGAAUACUAUCAGCAGCAGGUAGAAAUGCUCGAGGGAUUUAAUGAAAUGGAUGCCUUAGCAGAGUGUGGUUUUAUUCCUGGGAUGUCAAAAGAAGAGCGAGAAAAGUUGGCUAAAAGUGAAACAUUUGCCAUUAGAAUAUCAAAUGUUGCAAACAUGGUUCUCUUUGCAGCUAAAGUCUAUGCAUCUGUACAAAGUGGUUCCUUAGCCAUCAUUGCAUCCACUCUGGACUCACUUCUCGAUCUUCUAUCUGGUUUCAUCCUGUGGUUUACUGCAUUCUCCAUGCAAACACCAAACCCAUAUCAAUAUCCUAUUGGGAAGAAACGCAUGCAACCAUUGGGGAUCCUCGUAUUUGCCUCUGUCAUGGCAACUCUUGGACUGCAGAUUAUCUUGGAGUCGAUGCGCACACUUUUAUCUGAUGAGAAUGAGUUCAGCUUGACCAAGAAGCAAGAGCAAUGGCUUGUUGGCAUUAUGCUUUCUGUGACUUUGGUAAAAUUCGUUCUGGUCAUUUAUUGCCGUUCUUUCACUAAUGAGAUUGUCAAAGCUUAUGCUCAGGAUCACUUUUUUGAUGUUAUCACCAAUAUCAUUGGACUCAUUGCUGCUCUCCUUGCAAAUUAUAUUGAUGAUUGGCUGGACCCCGUUGGAGCGAUCAUUCUGGCUUUAUACACCAUCCGUACAUGGUCAAUGACUGUUUUGGAAAAUGUGAACUCCCUUGUGGGAAGAUCGGCUGCCCCGGAAUAUCUACAAAAACUAACGUACCUCUGCUGGAACCACCACAAGGCCAUAAGGCAUAUCGAUACGGUCCGGGCUUAUACCUUUGGGUCUCACUACUUUGUGGAGGUUGACAUAGUCUUGCCAGCAGGCAUGGCGUUGCAACAGGCUCAUGAUAUUGGCGAAUCCUUACAGGAGAAGCUCGAGAUCCUGCCUGAGAUUGAGCGUGCCUUUGUACAUCUGGAUUACGAGUACACACACAGACCUGAGCAUGCUCAGGCACACUCGUAGUAAAAAGACUUUAUAAUUCACGGGAUCUUGCUGCUAGCUGUAAAUGUAAGAUAUAAUUGCCAUGGAGGACAAUCUGUAACUGCAAGAAUGAUGCAGGAAAGCCGGUGAUGGCUGCUACUGAGUACUGAUGGAAAUCCUUACUCAUUAUAGGAAAAGGUAAGGUAGCCAGGGAACCAACUUACUGGGCAUUUGCUUGGCGCCAGUGCAACUUGAACUGGACCACAGCAUUCUAUACAUAUUGGCGACAUUCUAUGAUUCAGUGUGGUGGCUGAAAGACUAGCCUGAAUUCUAAUUAAAGCAAGAAAGUUGUUCUUAAAGCAUUCUCAUAAGAAUAGCCAAAGUCAAACCUUUGUUUUAGCUAAUAUGAGACUAAUUUGACUUUGCCUAUUCCAUUCA